AUGGGCGAUCGCCAGGAACGACAUACGAGACUGUCCGCCUCUGACAACUCUCGCAUCAACGCACCGCAUGAUAACAAACCAUCCGAUGAACCACACGAUAAAAAACCGUACAUUUGGCCCCCAUUAUCGCACAGCCAAGAUAGGAAACUUCUCACUCUUUCUCCAACAUUUGAGAACAACAUUGUGUAUGAGAUCCGCUGGACCUUUGCUUGGCAACUUCCUUGUGCAAAGAUCGCCCCUCCCCAGAUUCUACCGGGCGAACCGUUUGGAGCAAACAGCACCGGGAGCUCACCCAAAAGUGGAGCUGCUAACUAUGACAUGCACUUCGAGCGAUACACAGCCCAGAAGCCGUACGAUAAGGAGAGAGGAGAAAGAAGCUUCAAUAGUUUUCUGCUGGCUUUUAAGUUUGAGCGAGUACUGCCAACAGGAUCGCUGCUGCGCGCGCAGUUGGCGAGGUCUAGCGACCCUACGCACAGCACACCGAGCGAUACGCGCUGUCGUCCGGACUAUCGCACAGCCAGUUCAGGCAACCAUUCUAGCCCCUCGCAUGAAUUUAAGAACGUCCCUCAACUUCGAUAUCAAAUAGCAUUCGGAGCUUGUGAAAUGUCAAGAUCCGAUGACUGGGACUGGGUUGGUAACUUCCUUAUGCAAAAAUCUUGUCGUAUAUACAAUUGCGUCACCGAGGGACAAUGCGGUCGCUGGUUGAAAGAAAGGAGAGCUGCUGAACAUGGUGUUACAUCGGGGGACCGCUUUUUGCAUAACGUGGAACAAGAGGGAGCAUCGAGUUGCAAUGGGGGGCAGUAA